AUGAUGCGGCCACUGCGGGACGAAGUACAUGAUUAUGUUCAUGCAAUCGAAGAUCGAACGACAAAAUUAUUUACCCGAAUUGCAGAAGAAGGCUCACUCGAGCGUAGCGGGACUGUGCUCGAUACCAUUGCGUGGGAUGACGUAUUGUCCAUGACCCAAGCGCAAACUGAACUUGUAAAAUUGGUCGAAAUGACCGCGUUACACCAGGAGAACCAGUCACGUAUCGACGCCCUUAUUGAAAGCAUCAAAGCAUGUGAAGAACGGCAGCGGCGAACCAUAUCACUUGUCAAUGAACUUCAAACUGACUUACUUGCUCUUUUAAGGCAUGGCGAGCGCGAAGCUGAAAAUAUCCGCCGAGCAGAAGUCAUGCCUAUUUCGAGCAAAGACAUUUUAGAGUACGCGCAACGCUUGGCUCGAUACACUUCAGCCCCUAGAGGCUAUACCUUGGAAUCUUUGACAACUCCAGCAGCAGAGCCACAUCAGCCAGGACAAGGUUCUGGCCAAAAAGGCGACUACAACGACCAAGCCGAACGCGCGAAGUUCUACUACGACCCGGUAAUGCCUACCACGCCACACGAGCUGCCUUUUCCCAGUGACCGACUUAUGCGACAAGGAAUUUUGUACGCAGAUGCCGCAUCAAGCACCACAGAACCCGCUCGAGACACUGAACAUGAUACCACGAACAAAGACGCGGUUGGUGCACCUGCUGAGGAAGUUAAGGACAUACCCGUGCUUGACUCGUUUGCUAUGGACGAGGACGACGCCUUUGAUUUAGACUUGAAUCCGUAG